AUGGCGUCCGCCGCGCUGAUCAUGUCGUGCGUGUACAACUACGCGCGGUCGCCGCACGUGAUCUGCUCGAUGGGCGACUGCGACACGGUGACGACCACGGUGAUCAUGGCGAUCUUCCCGCGGGCCGUGGCCGUCGGGUGCAUGGUGUCCCGGGCGGCGGUGGCGUACAAGAACGCGACGGGCGCGGUGGCCGCGUACGAGGCCAGCGCCGCCGAGUACGAGGCCCACUAUCCGGUGGACGCGUGCGGCGCGCGAUGGCGCCGGGGGUUCGCGGCCGCCCUGGGGAUCGCGUGCGCCGCGCUCAUAGUUCCGGUGAACGCGUACCGGAUCCACCUGUUGUACCUGCGGUACCGGGACGGCGGCAUCGUCGCGUUCCACGUGUUCAUGUACGCGCAGAACGCCAGCAUGUGCUUCGCCGAACUGCAGUUCGUCGUCUACUGUCUGCAGCUGUGCCGCAUGUUCUGCCAGAUCAACGGCGAACUGUCCGCGCUCAAGUCCGAGACGAUCGCCGUCAACAGGUACCCGGCCGUGCUCAGGUGUCCCGGUCCGCUCCCCGCCGCCUCCGCCGCCGCCGCCGCCACGCUCGGUCGUCCGCCGCUCGCCGAGGACGUGGAGCGGCUCAAGUUCAGGCACCAGUUCGUCAGCGACGCCGUGGCCCACCUCAACGCCCUGUACGGCUUCCAGCUGGGAGCGUCCCUGUCCGCCCUGUUCGUCAUGUCGCUGUUCGACAUCUACGCCGCCGUGUCCAACGUCUUCGAUUCGUCCAGGUUUCACAUGUUCUUCUACGUGUGGUUGUUCCAGUACGCGUUCCGGUUCACCGUGAUCGUGAUCAUGACGCACGUCACCACGAAACAGGCACUCAAAUCGAAAAUUCUUAUAACCGAUAUCAAUUCUCGUCAUGCGGAUAACUAUGCAAAAGAAGAGUUACGAUUGUUUUUGCAAGAAUUAUCCAGUCGUUCGAUGGAGUUCACAACAUUAGAUAUGUUUGUUAUUAAUAUACGUCUCAUUACCUCUCACUUAAAUGAAUUUGGGUUUAUAAAUCUUCGAUAA